AUGCCAAAUAGUGCUUUAAAGCAAGGUCCAAAGAAUGAAAAUGCUUCUCCUUCUAAAGGCCAUGUUCCAAGUUUUUGGAAACAGUUCAUAAAUAACCCCAAGAGUAUGUCAUCCGAAAAUAUUACAGUUCCUAGGUCACCCACUUCACUUUCAAGAAAUGCGCAACCAACGACUUUAAAACGGCCUCCAUUAUCUUCAAGACCAUAUUCAUAUAACACUCCUACAAAAGAUAGAAAGUCCUUCUCCAAAUCUACGAAACAGAACAAUACCAAUAGUAACAAUAAUUCUGGGACAUCUCCCCAUGCAGAGUUUAAGAACUAUAGAGAUAUGUUUUUAUCCAGUAGAAAUGGCUUCACUGGCAGAGUUUUUGGCGUCACCUUAGCAGAAUCACUAAGCGUUGCCAGUGCAGAAGUUAUUGUUCAAAGUGAAUUGGUUAGUUUUGGUCGGAUACCCAUCGUAGUAGCUAAGUGUGGUGCCUACUUAAAAGCUAAUGGGUUAGAGACCCCAGGUAUUUUUCGUAUUGCAGGCAAUGGUAAAAGAGUAAAAGCGCUUCAAUAUAUCUUUUCGUCGCCACCCGAUUAUGGUACUAAAUUCAACGACUGGGAGGCUUACACGGUGCACGAUGUUGCAUCCCUCUUGAGGAGGUAUCUUAAUAAUUUGGCCGAACCAUUAAUACCAUUAUCUCUAUAUGAGCAAUUCAGAAAUCCACUACGAGCUAAACCAAGAAUUCUAAGACAUAUGUUAACCCACGAAGUUUCCCAUCCAAAUGCUAAUAAAACGAAUAACCUAACAGUAAAAUCGAGUAGGCAGAAUUAUAAUGAUGAUGGCGCUAAUGAUGGCGACAUUGAAAAGGAAGACGUAAAAGAUGAUGAGGAAAAAAGAAGAAGGAAAAUACGCCAUAAAAGAAGACUAACUCGUGAUAUUAGAGCAGCUAUCAAAGAAUACGAAGAACUGUUUGUUACUUUAUCCAAUGAUACAAAACAGCUAACUAUAUAUCUACUUGAUCUACUGAGUCUUUUUGCUAGGCAAUCACAAUUCAACCUUAUGUCUGGAAGAAAUCUAGCCGCCAUCUUCCAACCUUCAAUAUUAUCGCAUCCUCAACAUGAUAUGGACCCAAAAGAGUACGAAUUAUCCCGACUUGUGGUGGAAUUUUUAAUCGAAUAUUCCUAUAAGCUAUUACCUCAUCUUUUGAAGUUGGCUAAAAAGGAACAACAGGAACGGUUGUCGACGGAAAAUAUGAAUAAUGGUGGAGAAAAACAAAAAUCUGAUCCUAUUGCAAUACCAAGAAUCGCCUCGUCAGAUACCCCAUCAGAAGUCUCUUCCAAUAAGUGCAUACCGACAAUGGAAAAUACUAAUAAAUUAGAUCGCCCGACAUUAUCACCAAUAUCCACCUCGAUACCAGAGAACUCAUCAGAUUUACAGACAUCUAAAAUGUUGAAACCACCAAAACAGAGGAGACCUCAUUCAAAAUCUUUUGGAUCCACCCCAGUUCCACCGGAUGUUAUUGCUAGUAAUAAAAGACGGACAAGGUUAUUCCCAUGGUUACAUAAACCAGGAAUUUUAAGUGACACUGGUGACAAUGGUGAUUUAACUGCUACUGAAGCUGAAGGCGAUGAUUAUGAAGAAGAAAAUAUUGAUCCAUACAGUCAAUCUCCAUCUAGUAUGCAAUCUGGUUCUUUACCCAAACAGCAUCAUUUGCCAAUUCCUCGGAUGAACAGAUCGUUAAGUGGAAAUAGUACCAACUCGUCGUUCAACGUCAGACCAAUUUCGAUGAUUUUGACUAGUGGUAAUGAUAAUUCUGCAGACCAUUUAGAAUUACUAGGUAAUACUCACAGUAAUAAUGAGCGUAGUCAUGUUUUGCCGCUAGCUGAAGAUGAUGGAGACGAAAGAAAUUCAAGAUCACGCAAGAGGGAAUCAUGGUUUCAAAGACUGACAAGUCGAUCAGGCUCUGCCAACAGAGCCUAA